UAAGAUAGCCUCCGCCUCUUACGUCCGGGCCCACUCGUCAGAAUCUCUAGAAGCGUGGCAGCGAUUCCGAUUCAGAUCACGGCCGCGGCGACCAAGAGGAACCGAGCUAGAGAAGCGAGCGACGCGGCAGCAAUUCCCAGUCUGAGGUUCCUGCUCCGCCAAAAGAUGGCGGCGGCAUGGGCGGCGCUGCUGCUGAUGCUGGUCGCAGCGCGAGUGGCGUCGGCGGCGCCGGUGAUGGCGCCAGCGUUCCUCUGGGCGCCCAAGAACUACGGAUUCUUUUCUGAUGGGGCUAAGGAAGCUGUCCAUUACCAGACAAUCUCGCCUAAGGGUUUAGCUAAAUCUGUUCUUCAGGAAGGUGGCUGGUCAAACUUGGUGUGUUCAAAGGAGGAUUCUCAGAAGAAUGUCGAUGUUGCCAUUGUUUUUCUUGGCUCAAAGCUACAAUCAUCAGACAUAUCUAAAGAUAAACAACUAGAUCCGGCUUUAGCGGACACAUUGAAGACCGCCUUCACAAGUUCAGAGUUUUCCAUGGCAUUCCCUUAUGUUGCCAUGUCAGAUGAUGAUGAUAAAUUGGAGAACAUGCUGCUAUCUGGAUUUGCUGAGAAUUGUAACAAUGUUUUUGAAGGAAAUCAUAUCACCUACACAGACACGUGUACUGUAAGUGGUCAAGAUGUGAAGCAACAUCACACCAUGGAUUCUAUCCGUGACUUGGUGAUGUCACGGAUGGGAAACAAUCCAACUAGACAGACUGAUCUAGUUGUCUUCUGUAGCGGUGGUUUCAAGGAAUUGGAUUCUGAGAAAUCAGAAGGAGAAUUGCUUUCCGAGCUGGUCGAUGUGCUGAAGAAGUCUGGGGCUAAAUAUACCAUUCUUUAUGCUUCUCAACCAUCCGGUUUACUGGAAAACCCUACCAACCUACCAUUAGGGAGGUAUCUUGCAGAGAAGACCAAUACUACUAAAGUUGGCCAGGGCAAAUGUGAUGGAGAGUGCCUAGUCAAAUCAACUCUUCUGGAAGGAACUUUUGUUGGAAUAGUGCUUCUUAUCAUCUUGAUAUCAGGACUCAUGUGUAUGAUGGGAAUUGAUACUCCCUCGAGGUUCGAAACUCCCCAGGAAUCUUGAUCUCACUUUAAUGCAGAUCAGAUACGGGAACUCGAUGAGGCACAAGGAGUAUGAACGAUUGAUGUUUGCUGGUCUGCACUGUGGAUAUAGUUAGUUUCCUAUUUGAAAGUGCUCUGUGUAUUUUACUGAGCCGACUGCUACUUACAAUGUGAUCAAUUUUUGGUGUAAUAUUCUAUCUCAUACCUACGGAGAUCUAGCUGAGCUUUUGCAAACUCCUACAUGUGCAAGGCUUGUGUUGUGCCAGAAUUAGCAUUGCUUCCGGUGUUUUCUGUGAAUAACCUGGAAUUCAGGUAGCCAAUAAGAUGACACUAUGCAUCAAAUAAAAUGAAAUCAUGUUAUUUACUC